GCCGGACCAAUUGUGGAGGCGGGCCGUAUCCGGCCGGCCCGCGGGCCGUAGUUUGGGGACCCCUGCUCCAACGCAAGAACCGAUUACGUUGGCGCACAUAAGGUCUGACUGUGCAUUUAGCUCUUACCUGAGCCGAAAUAGACAGGCUGAAGCUGACUUAAUUCUAGCACUAACUCUGUAAAUAAAUCACUUUAUCGACAUUUCUAACAUUUUUACGUGAGAAAGUAGCCGUUUAGAUCCACAACGUGCAAAUUCGGCGCUACUCAAGCUAGCCGUAGUGAUUAAGGCACUUCCUGUUAGUUUCACAAAAUAAAACACCCGCUAACGAUAGAAUUAGUGUUUUUAUUUUUAAAACAGGAAGCGAACCUCCCCUCGGUCUAGCUAACUUAAAACCGCUCGGUAACUGUUUUAAAUCGGUUUUAAAAACCUCUCCCAUCGCCUAAAAACGUUACGAGCCCCGUCUGUCAAGAAUUCAAAACGCCGGCCGGCAUAAAAUGGGAGUCUACCAUAAACUGUAGUCUACAUUUGUUUCUGAAAAUGAUGAGGUUCCUGUCACGGUUAUAUAGCAUGCUUGCUAGCGGUGAUAUUUGAUGUAAUUGACACUUCUCCUCCCUGGCAGCACACAGGCUACUACACUACAACAAGACAAAUCGACGGUUUACAAAAGAGUAAAAUAUGUACUUACCAAAUCAGUGUGCUGAGGACAAGUAAACCCACAAUGGCGAAAAUAACUGAGAAAGGUGUUGGAAAGAGCGCGAAAGUGGGCAGGGCAGAUCUGCGCAUGUCUGAUAGAACGCCCAAAGGACACUGGGAACAAGAAAUUAUUUUUUCUAAUUUGACUUAACUGGGAUAUAUCAAGUUAAGCAAGUUCUCCAACCCCAAAUUACUACUUACUUAUUUAAAAGUAGUGUUCACAACAGGUUGAUGAAAAUUGAGUUUAGUUCACUUAUCACAUUUAAUUAAUUUGAAUGUUAGCAUUUACAGUGUAGGGAAGUCUCCUGCUUUAAGAUGGCAGCUGUUUAGUUUUCCGUACUUCAAUGUUGCUAACGCCGACGAGUCUGUCAUCUAGCAUCUAUUUCUAUAUAAAUAUGAUAUCUAAAGCUGCCGCCGAUCGAUCGGGUCCGAUCACGUCAUUUUCAAAGUAUCGGAAUCGGCAAAAAAAUAUCGGACAUGCCUUUUUUUAUAUAUAUAUAUUUUUUACUUACAUCGUUUUCUAAUUGUAUUUAACGUUACAGACAAAAUGUCUUACACUCAUCCAGUGUCUUUAGUUUUGGUUUAAAGAUUGGUUCAUAAUAACAACAAACAUCCUCCCUCCCCUGCCAUUUAGUGUCGCACUCAUAAAGUGCGGCACCGAAAAGAAAAAAAACUUGAAACAUGGCCGACAGUGACGUCGUGUAACUUUAUUUUAAGCGGAGGGGGUUCAGUGUGGCUGAGGGGGGAAAAAGGCCAAAGUCUAACUACAAGAAGCAGUGGAUAAACGGAGACGAUGUCCAAAGUUUGGAAUUAUUUUAAACUUGAAAACGAAGGCAGCCCAACAGCCCGGUGCAAUGUUUGCAAGGCGGACAUUCCGCGUGGAGGAACGAGCAGGUCGUCUUUUAACACAACCAACCUUAUUCGCCACCUUAAGAGCAAACAUAAAGAAGAGACAUAUGCAGAGUACGUCGCGGCAACGGCUGCACUGAGACGACCGACGCUUAAAGAGACUUUUCAAAAAAAGGAAAAGCUGUCGGUGAGCAGUGAAAGGGCCAAAACAAUAACAGCCGCGGUAGCUGAAUUCAUCGCGUUGGAUGACCAGCCGCUCUUCCGUGGUAAAGAAUGCGGGGUUUCGCCGGCUCAUGGAGAUCUUGGAGCCACGUUAUGCGUUGCCUUCUCGUCAGCAUUUUACAAAUAAAGCGCUGCCUGCCGCACAGAAAAGGCUACGCGAUCACAUACAAGAGAAGUUAAAAGACGUACCUGCCGUUGGAUUUACGACAGACAUAUGGAGUUCUUUUGUAUGUCCAUUGUCACUAAUUAGCUUCACUGCACAAUGGAUUGACCCCAGCUUCAAGUUACAACGAGUGACCUUGCACACUCAGGAUUUCAGAGGGUCUUACACAGCAGAGCGUGUUAGAGAGGCGAUCGAGGGAAUGCUUAACAGUUGGGGGAUAGAUAAGUCAAGGGUGCAUGUGAUUGUACGGGAUAACGCGCGGAAUUUGAAGAAAGCUAUGGAUGAUAUGGAGAUGAAGAGUGUGGGCUGUCUCGCACACACACACUCCACCUUGCAGUGCACGAUGGUCUACUGUCUCAGCGCAGCGUCGUGGACACUCUGGCGACUGCGAGAAAGAUUAUUGGCCACUUCAAACAUUCCCCAUUGGCCUACUCCCAUCUGGAAGAUAUCCAGCGUGAACUAAAGAUGGACGUCAAGCGUCUACAGCAGGAUGUGCAAGUGAGAUGGAACAGCAGCCUAUAUAUGUUGCAGAGUAUCCUGGAGCAAAAGCGGGCAUUGUUGGUGUAUUCAGGUUCCUAUAACCUCCCAGCCACACUGACAACCACGCAGUGGACCCUGAUGGAGAAGACAGCUGAGGUCUUGGUUCCAUUUGAAGAACUCACAAAGGAUGUGAGCAUGGCCACUGCAUCUGCAGCUGAUGUCAUCCCGGCAAUAACAGCUCUCAGACGUCUGCUGUCUACAGACAAGACCACUGACCAGGGGGUCAAAACAAUGAAGAGCACACUCCUAGAUGCAGUGGAAACUCGCUUUGCUGGUAUAGAGGAGGAGCCACUGUACAGCAUUGCCACUCUGGUGGAUCCAAGAUAUAAAGACAGAUAUUUCACCCACUCUGACAACCUGUGCAUUGCCAAGGAUAAGCUCAUCCAGGAGGUAACAAAGAUGGAGGAGAGAGCAGCCACUGUUAGUGAAGAAUCGGCGGCAGCAGUAGCAGGACAAUUCAAGCAAGAAGUGCCAAGCAGGAAGUAGCAGCCUGGGCAGCAUCUUGGACGAGAUCCUAGAGGAGAAUCCACUAGAGGGCCGGUGUGUGAGUACAUCAGCUGAAGUCCAGGUGCAGACCUAUCUCAUGGAGCAAACCAGCAAUAGGAAAAGCAAUCCUCUGCAAUAUUGGAAACAGAAUGCGUCAAGGUUCCCCCCACUGGCGGAUGUUGCAGCCAAGUUUCUCUGUGCCCCCUGUACCUCCGUGGACAGUGAGAGACUCUUUAGUGCUGUUUCCAAUAUCCUUGAUGAAAAAAGGAACAGGCUCUCUGCUGACAGAGUAGAGAUGCUGAUUUUAAUUUUGCCUGAAUAUGACGUUGAGAGUGAGAGUGGAGACGAAGAGUAGCUAAUUGUCCCUUGAUUUAAAAAAGUUUCUUGAGGUUUUAUAUCCCAUGUUUACAUAUCGUGUUUGAGCUGUGAAAUUUAUAUCUGUUCAUGUUGUAUUCAACUGCUGCACUAAGGCUAAGCCAAAAUUUAUUUUAUUCUCAUUGUUUGUGAAUGUGAGAUUUUGACUGAAUGUCACUUUUAAGCCUAGUAAGUAGGUAAACUACCUCUUUUGAAGAUUUUUGUUAUUGCACUAUUCUGCACUCAAUGUUUUAGUUUACAUGUUUAUUGUUUACAUAUUUUAUGGCACAGUGCUGAUAAGCUUUGUUUUGAUCCAAAGCAGUGGAACAAUGUCAUGUUGGACAAUGAAAAAAAAUAAAAAAAUAUAUAUAAAAAAUAAAAUUAUUUUUUCUUAAUGCAUUGCCAAAAUGUAUAUUAUUGG